CAAGUUGCCCCACAAAAGAAGGAGCCCGAGAGCCAUGCGCGUAUGCCUGUGCUGUGGAGCAGAGCCGAUGGGCCAAUACACCUCUAGAGCCCCUGAUGCUGGGGCAGGAAUUUCAGCAGGAGGCUCUUUUGCACAUGAACACUGUUUCUUCUUCUCUUUUCAGCCUGACAAUCAUCCUGGAAACUGCUGGCCCUUCCCAGGAAGUCAAGGGCACGUCUUCAUGAUGUUGCCCAGGGCCAUCUUUCCCACGGCAGUCACACUAACCCACGGAAUUCCGGCAAAUGCGUACCAUGCAGACAGCAUCUCCAGUGCUCCUAAGGACUUUGCUGUCUACGGCCUGCAGGAAAAAGAUGACGAGGGAGGAACUUUGCUAGGAGAGUUCACCUUCACGCCAGGCCAGACUCCCAGUCAGACCUUCCAGCUGAAGAAUGAGCACUCUGGGCUCAUCAAUUACGUAAAGCUGCAAGUGCUGAGCAACUGGGGCCACCUGGACUACACCUGUGUGUAUCAAUUCAGGCUCCACGGCAAUCCAGCUCAUGAUGAUGAAGAUAAGGGAAAGCUUUACCUGUCACGGAGGAAUGUCUAGGUCUGAGCCCGUGACAGGGGUGCAAACCCAGGGGAUGAGCGGCAAAAAAGCGAGUGGCAAAAGAAAUUACCCUACCUACCUACUAACAGCGCGGCACAUCCGG